AUGUCGGAACUUACAGGACUAGAGAAUGAUAUCAAGGAGUAUAAGCUGCAGCUAGAAACUGUCCAGUUGGGACUUCAAGCAGAUCCUGAUAAUGUAGAGCUUCAGACACUAAAAGCUGAACUCGAAGAAGUCAUUUCCCUCACCGAAUUCGCGAUCGCAGAACUAAAGCCAGCUCCAGCACCUGUAGCCCAACCAAAGACAUCGUCGGAACCGCCUGUUAAGGAGAAAUGGUCGCGAGAAAAUCAUCCUGCCUUCAAGAAAGCAGCGCCUCCUCCACCAGAAGAGCCAGAAGUCGCCACAAGCUUCUCAGUCAACGACAUGGUAUUGGCGAAAUGGCAUUCAGGCGACAAAGGAUUUUAUCCCGCUCGAAUUACAUCCAUAACUGGUUCUUCAAUAUCUCCUGUUUAUAUUGUCAAAUUCAAGAAUUAUGACACUACAGAGACCCUGCGAGCCAAGGAUAUAAAACCUAUAGUCAAUUCAAAUAAGCGUAAGGCUGAUGGUACACCAGUCGUAGCUUCGAUUCCUACUCCCCCAUCGACAUCGAAUGUUAUCUCAGCAGCCGCAGAUAUUGACCCGGAGCUGGCGCAACAAUCUAAGCGCGAGCCAAGCAAAGUCAGUGACGGCCCCACAAGACCAGCCAAAGUCCCAAAGAAGAUCAAGGCAAAGAAAGAAUUAGACGAUGGUAAGAAGAAAUGGCAAGACUUUGCUGCAAAAGGAAAGCUUGGCAAGUCAGGAAAGAAGGAGAGUAUGUUCCGCACACCUGAUGGCGUAAACGGUAGAGUCGGAUUUACCGGGUCGGGACAAAGUAUGCGAAAAGAUCAGACAAGAAGUCGUCAUAUAUACCAAACAAAUGGAGACGAGGAAGGAUUUGCCUAA